AUGCUUCAUCUGGCGCUGCAAACAGCGUUUGGUUGGGCGACCACGCACUCGUUCGACUUCGCAGUCGUGGACCCAGACUAUCGCGAGCCCGAAGACAUCAUGGAGAUCAUCAGCAGGCGCACUGCCAUGGGUCCGACCGGCGAUCAACUACCUCCAGCUUCCGCCCCGAGGGCAUAUCUCUUCCGUGUCGUGGACCCGGUUAAGCAGACGCUGUUCUCCGGCAUCGAUCGCAUGCACGAGCCGAUGAGACGGCACCCCAAUACUCCAGAGAAGAGAGCCGACAAUUAUAAGCUGAACGAGCUAUUCGACGAUGAACGGUUCCGAAGUCGCCAGAUUGUCUAUACGUACGAUUUCGGUGACAAUUGGGAGCAUCAUCUAAGGAUCUUGGGACGUGCCGAUCCCACCACCGACUUUAUCUGCCUCGACGGGUCCGGGCACUAUGUGGCGGAAGAUUCAGGCGGUGCUGGGGGAUGGGAGGAUGUCAAGGCGGCCUACCGAAACCAGAGCCCGACUAAGGAGCAGAUGCAGCGUCGGCACUGGUUCGAAAGGCAAGCCAGCAAUCUCGACCCGAGGGGGCUUGCGGGGGAUCGUGCACAUGCAUGGGACCGAGCCAAGAUCAACCGGGAACUCGAGACCGACACGAUGUUUGAACGCUUCCAGAAGAUGGGAGACACUUCUGAUGCCUACCGAGAUCGCGCUUCUGCAGAGCUUCGAUCUGGAUGA